AUGGAAGGGGACUUGCGAAUUAUCCGGUCCACUGACUCUGAAAAGGAACUGCUCUACUCCAAUGCUCAACAAGCAAUCUCGGAGUUUCCGGUGGGAGAAGCGAGGGAGAGAAUGUACAAUGCCCUAAGCACCUUCCGCAUGCCGUAUUGGGACGCCGCUGCCGUACCGCCCAAGGACACAAGCUCCUUCCCUGCGAUCGUACAACAGGAAACGGUCGAGAUUGAAGUUCCAAAUGGGGAGGCGACGACCACAAUGUCUGUUCCGAAUCCGCUGUACGCUUACUACUUCCAUCCUUUGCCAGUUGAUGACUUCAAGAGUGUACCGUGGAUACUCUGGAAUUCGACAAAGAGACACCCGGCUAGUAUGGCCGUAAGUGCGAAAUCCCAGAACGACCUUGUAGCGGAGUCUCUGGACAGCAAUCGGGUGAACCUCAUGCAGCAGACUUACCAGAUGCUGGGCAUGCAAGCAAAUUAUCUCGACGUCAGUAACAGCAUGGCGGAAACGGAUGCUCAGGGCGCCAUCCCGAAUAGUCUGGAGUCGGUACAUGAUACUUUGCAUAAUGCCAUUGGUCGUGGAGGUCAUAUGUACGAUGCGGCGUACUCUGCAUUUGAUCCUAUCUUCUGGCUGCUUCAUACCAACGUCGACCGAUUGCUUGCCAUCUGGCAAGACCUUCAUCCGGAUAGCUUCGUCGAGAGUCACGUCAACCCUUGGCCGACAUUCGCGACUGCACCGUAUUCAGAAGCGGACGAAAAUACACCAGGCGACUUUUGGACCUCAGCCUCUGUUCGCGACCACACAAUCUUCGGCUCCACGUAUUCUGAGUUCCUCGGGCUCUCCGCAACCGACACUCUGGUUGGUAGAGUGAACGCACUGUACGGGGUGAAUGCAACGCCACGGUUCUCGUGGGAGACCGCACGCGCUGAACAGCAUGUCGCCAGUCCACAGAGCAGCGAUUCCCAGUACCAGUACUCCGCCGUCAUACGCGCACAACAUAUGGGGCCUGGAGGUGUUUCCAAGGUCCUCGUCUUCUUGGACGCAAAUAUGAAAAUCAACGCCGGACCUGCGAAUACUCAGGCAUGGAUGUCAGAGCCUGGGUUCGUUGGAUAUGCAGGUUUUCAGAACGCGGUUGGCCAGGAGAAGACCGAGAUGCAGACAAAUGGCGUAGUUGCACUGACGGUAGCUCUGGAAGACCGGAUGCGCAUGGGGGAACUGCGCAGUAUGGAUGAGAAUGUUGUUGGAACGUAUCUGCAGGAGAAGCUACAUUGGUUGCUUGUUGAUGUAAGGCUCUUCGAUCCGGCAAAACAGCCAUGCAUGCCGAUAUUUGCUAACCAGCUUGUGUCAGGCCAAUGA